GGACAGCACGGCCACGAUGUUCCAGCUGUGCCGCCCCCGCGGGGGCCGCGCCCUCCUGGGGCUGCGGCUGCUCCGGGGCCCCCCCGGGCCCGCCCGGCCCGUCAGCUACCGGCCCCUGCGCAAGGUCCUGGUGGCCAACCGGGGUGAGAUCGCCAUCCGGGUGUUCCGGGCCUGCACGGAGCUGGGGAUCCGUACCGUGGCCGUGUACUCGGAGCAGGACACGGGGCAGAUGCACCGGCAGAAGGCGGACGAGGCGUACCUGGUGGGGAGGGGGCUGCCCCCCGUGCAGGCCUACCUGCACAUCCCCGACAUCAUCCGCGUGGCACAGGAGAACGAGGUGGACGCCAUCCACCCCGGGUACGGGUUCCUGUCGGAGCGCGCGGAUUUCGCCCAGGCCUGCCUGGACGCCGGCGUUCGCUUCGUGGGGCCGCGCCCGGACGUGGUCAGGAAGAUGGGGGACAAAGUGGAGGCUCGGGCCAUCGCCAUCGCCGCCGGGGUGCCGGUGGUGCCGGGGACGCCGUCGCCGGUGUCGGCGCUGGCCGAGGCUCAGGAAUUCGCCGCCCGGGUCGGGUUCCCCGUGAUCCUCAAAGCCGCCCACGGCGGCGGCGGCCGCGGCAUGAGGGUGGUCCGGGCCCCCCAGGAGCUGGAGGAGAACUUCUCCCGCGCCACCUCGGAGGCUUUGGCCGCCUUUGGGAACGGGGACCUGUUCGUGGAGAAAUUCAUCGAGCGCCCGCGGCACAUCGAGGUCCAGAUCCUGGGUGACUCCCACGGGAACGUGGUCCAUCUGUACGAGCGCGACUGCUCGGUGCAGCGCCGGCACCAGAAGGUCGUGGAGAUCGCCCCGGCCGCGCGGCUGCCGCCGGAGCUCCGCGCCCGCCUGGCCGACGACGCCGUGCGCCUGGCCCGGCAGGUGGGCUACGAGAACGCCGGCACCGUGGAGUUCCUGGUGGACCAGAGCGGCGAGUACUUCUUCAUCGAGGUCAACUCGCGGCUGCAGGUGGAGCACACGGUCACCGAGGAGAUCACCGGCGUGGACCUGGUGCACGCGCAGCUGCAGGUGGCCGCGGGGCGCUCCCUGCCCGAGCUGGGGCUGGAGCAGGAGCGGAUCCGCGUCAACGGCUGCGCCAUCCAGUGCCGCGUCACCACCGAGGACCCCGCGCGCGGCUUCCAGCCCGACACCGGCCGCAUCGAGGUGUUCCGCUCCGGGGAGGGGAUGGGGAUCCGCCUGGACGGCGCCUCGGCCUUCCAGGGCGCUCUGAUCUCGCCGCACUACGACUCGCUGCUGGUCAAGGUGGUGGCGCACGGGCCGGACCAGCCGGCGGCCGCGGCCAAGAUGAGCCGGGCGCUGGCCGAGUUCCGCAUCCGGGGGGUCAAGACCAACAUCCCGUUCCUGCAGAACGUUCUGGCACACCCGCAGUUCCUGGCGGGCGCUGCUGACACUCAGUUCAUCGACGAGAACCCCGAGCUCUUCCACCUGCGGCCGGGCCAGAACCGCGCCCAGAAACUGCUGCACUACCUGGGUCACGUGAUGGUGAACGGGCCCAGCACCCCCCUGCCGGUGAAGGCCAAGGCGGCGCUGGUGGAGCCCACCCCCCCCCCCGGUGCCCAUGGGUGCCCCCCCGGCGGGGCUGCGGGCGGUGCUGCAGCGGGAGGGCCCCGGGGGCUUCGCGCGGGCGCUGCGGGGGCACCGGGGGCUGCUGCUGACCGACACCACCUUCCGCGACGCCCACCAGUCCCUGCUGGCCACGCGCGUCCGCACCCGCGACCUCGCCCGCGUCGCGCCCUUCGUGGCCCACGCGCUCAGCCCGCUCUGCAGCAUGGAGACCUGGGGAGGUGCCACCUUCGACGUGGCCAUGCGGUUCCUGCACGAGUGUCCCUGGGAGCGGCUGCGGGAGCUGCGGCGCCUGGUGCCCAACAUCCCCUUCCAGAUGCUGCUGCGCGGGGCCAACGCCGUGGGCUACACCAACUACCCCGACAACGUGGUGCACCGGUUCUGCGAGGUGGCCGUGGCCAACGGCAUGGACAUCUUCCGCGUCUUCGACGCCCUCAACUACGUGCCCAACCUGCUGCUGGGCGUGGAGGCCGCGGGCGGCGCCGGCGCCGUGGUGGAGGCCGCGCUCUCCUACACCGGCGACGUGGCCGACCCCACGCGCACCAAGUACAGCCUGGACUACUACCUGGGGCUGGCCAGGGAGCUGGUGGCUGCGGGGACACACGUGCUCUGCAUCAAGGACAUGGCGGGGCUGCUGACCCCCGCGGCCGCCCGGCUGCUGGUGGGGGCCCUGCGGGAGCAGCACCCCGAGGUGCCCCUGCACGUGCACACCCACGACACGGCCGGCGCCGGCGUCGCCUCCAUGCUGGCGGCCGCCCAGGCCGGCGCCGACGUGGUGGACGUGGCCGUGGACGCCAUGUCCGGCAUGACCUCGCAGCCCAGCAUGGGCGCCGUGGUGGCCUGCGCCCGAGGGACGCCCCUGGACACAGGCAUCGAGCUGGAGCGGGUGUUCGAGUACAGCGAGUACUGGGAGGCGGCGCGGGGCCUCUACGCCGCCUUCGACUGCACGGCCACCAUGAAGUCGGGCAACGCCGACGUCUACGAGAACGAGAUCCCGGGCGGGCAGUACACCAACCUGCACUUCCAGGCCCACGCCAUGGGGCUGGGACACAAGUUCAAGGAGGUCAAGAAGGCCUACACCGAGGCCAACAAGCUGCUCGGGGACCUCAUCAAGGUGACGCCGACCUCGAAGGUGGUGGGGGACCUGGCGCAGUUCAUGGUGCAGAACGGGCUGUCCCGGGAGGAGGUGGAGGCGCGGGCGGACGAGCUCUCCUUCCCGCUGAGCGUGGUGGAGUUCCUGCAGGGACACAUCGGGGUCCCCCCGGGGGGCUUCCCCGAGCCCUUCCGCUCCCGGGUGCUGAAGGAGCUGCCGCGGGUCGAGGGGCGCCCGGGGGCGUCGCUGCCCCCCCUGGACUUCGAGGCGCUGGGCCGGGAGCUGGGGGCGCGGCACGGGGCCCCCCCCAGCCCCGAGGAGCUGCUCUCGGCCGCGCUCUACCCCAAGGUGUUCGAGGAGUUCCGCACCUUCAGCAGCACCUUCGGGCCCGUGGCCUGCCUGGGCACCCGCCUCUUCCUCGAGGGGCCCGCCAUCGCCGAGGAGUUCGAGGUGGAGCUGGAGCGGGGCAAGACGCUGCACAUCAAGGCGCUGGCGCUCGGGGACCUGAACGCGGCCGGGCAGCGCGAGGUUUUCUUCGAGCUCAACGGGCAGCUGAGAUCCAUCCUGGUCCGGGACACGCAGGCCCUCAAGGAGAUGCACGUGCACCCCAAGGCCGAGAAGGGGGCCAAGGGCCAGGUGGGGGCCCCGAUGCCGGGGGAGGUGGUCGAGGUCCGGGUCAAGGAGGGGACGACGGUGGCCAAGGGGGACCCGCUGUGCGUGCUCAGCGCCAUGAAGAUGGAGACCGUGGUGACGGCGCCCGUGGGGGGCAAAGUCACCAAGAUCCACGUGCGCCCCGGGCUCAGCCUCGAGGGCGAGGACCUCAUCGCCGUCAUCGAGUAGAUUUCGGGGGGUUUCCCCCCCAAAAAACCCCCCCAGGUUACCCCAAAACUCCCCCGGAAACGACCUCGCGGAAAUGGGGCGCGGCCCCUUUAAGAGCCCCCUCCCCGUGGGUGGCGCCCCCUGGUGGGCGCUGGGCGGUACAACAAGGCCUUAAUUAGGGGGCGUGUCUUAAUUGGGGUGGGGGCCACGUCUUAAUUAAGAGGUGCCCUGUGAAGGGGGGGUCCCGCUUUGGGGGAGCUCCUCAAUUUUGGGGGGGGGACGACCCUAAUUGGGGGGGGGGGGGGGUCCCUUUUUUAGGGUGGUACGAUCCAUUUCAGGGGGGGUGCCCCCCCCACCCAUUUUUUUGGGCAUUUCACCCCAAAUUUGGGGGCUGAAACUUCUUGGGGGGGGGUUGGGCAGAGUUUGGGGAGGGGGUCACCCCCUUUUUGGGGGAGGGGCUUCAUUUCCCCCGAUUUUGUUGUGUCCCCCCCCCCAUUUUGAGCCGCCCUCCCCCCCCAUUUUUGGGGGUCUCCCCUCCAUUUUUGGGGUCCCCUUGGGGGGGUCCCCACCCUCCCCCCAUCCCUGCCAAGCUGCCUUAGGGGGAUCUGGAGGAUUUGGGGAGGGGGAGGGGAGGGGUCGGGUGGGUGUGGCCGCCCCUCCCCCAUCCCCCCCCCAUCCCCCCGCUUUUGCCAAACGCCCCCGGGGGUGGGGGAGGGGAGGGGGCGGAGCCUGUGACCAAAGGGGGGAAUUGAACUGGACUUUGUGGGGGGGAGGGGCCGCCCCUCCCCCCCUCCCUGCGGAACUGGAGAGGGAGGGGCCGCCCCUCCCCCAUCACCCCCUCCCCCACUCCCCCAUUUUGGGGGGUCCCGGGCAAUAAAAACUGGACUAACGGCA